UCGCCUCCGAGCUGCUCCUCGGUGGUGCUUCCCGGAUCCGAGCCCGGACGGCGUCGGCUGCGGCGGCCUCGGCGCCGCGACCCUCGGCGGCCACAGGGGGACGGAGAGGAGGAGAAGGAGGAGGAAGAGGCGGAGGCAGCGGCGGCGGCGGCGGCGGCGGCGGCGAGUAGGAGGAGGAGGAGAAGGAGGGUUCGCUCGCCUGUUCCGACGCAGACAUGGUGGACUGAUCCCCCGUGGGGCCGAGAGCAGGGCUUCCCGAGGCGACCCCCGCGCGUGGUCCCGCCGCGCCCCGCGCCCCGCAGCCCCGCGGCGGCCGGCCGGGCAGUCGCGUUCCCGCCGCGUCCCGCGCCCGGUCCCUAUGGAGGCGCCGCUCGCCGGCGAGGCCGCCGACCAUGCCUAGGAGGGCCGGGAGCGGGCAGCUGCCGCUACCCCGGGGCUGGGAGGAGGCCAGGGACUACGACGGCAAGGUUUUCUACAUUGACCACAACACCAGGAGGACCAGCUGGAUCGACCCCCGGGACAGGUUAACGAAGCCCCUGUCAUUUGCUGAUUGUGUCGGGGAUGAGCUGCCGUGGGGAUGGGAAGCAGGCUUUGACCCUCAGAUUGGUGUCUACUACAUCGAUCACAUCAACAAAACCACACAGAUAGAAGAUCCAAGAAAACAAUGGCGAGGGGAGCAGGAGAAGAUGCUCAAGGACUAUCUCUCAGUGGCACAAGAUGCACUUAGGACACAAAAGGAGCUGUACCACGUGAAAGAGCAAAGACUGGCGUUGGCUCUAGAUGAAUAUGUACGGUUAAAUGAUGCCUAUAAGGAAAAGUCAAGUUCUCGCACAAGCUUAUUCUCAGGAUCGUCAUCCAGUACUAAAUAUGAUCCUGAUAUUUUAAAAGCUGAGAUCUCCACUACACGAUUAAGGGUUAAAAAGCUGAAGAGAGAACUCUCCCAGAUGAAGCAAGAACUACUCUAUAAAGAACAAGGGUUUGAAACAUUGCAACAAAUUGAUAAAAAAAUGUCUGGAGGCCAGAGUGGAUAUGAACUUAGUGAAGCCAAAGCCAUUCUUACUGAACUGAAAUCCAUCAGAAAGGCCAUUAGCUCAGGAGAAAAAGAAAAGCAAGAUCUGAUGCAGAGUCUUGCUAAGCUGCAGGAGCGGUUUCAUUUGGACCAGAACAUUGGCAGCUCGGAGCCAGAUUUGAGAUCCAGUCCUGUGCAUUCUCAUUUAUCUGUCUCCAGACAGACACUUGAUGCCGGGUCACAAACAAACAUUUCUGGAGAUAUUGGAGUGAGAAGUAGAUCAAAUUUAGCUGAAAAGGUCAGGCUGAGCCUACAGUAUGAAGAAGCCAAAAGAAGCAUGGCCAACUUAAAAAUUGAACUGUCAAAGUUAGACAGUGAGACCUGGCCUGGGGCGUUGGAUAUAGAGAAAGAGAAACUGAUGCUGAUUAAUGAAAAAGAGGAACUUUUGAAAGAGUUGCAGUUCGUCACUCCGCAAAAGCGCACGCAGGAUGAGUUGGAACGCCUGGAAGCUGAAAGGCAGCGACUGGAGGAAGAGCUGCUGUCUGUGCGGGGCGCGCCGAGCCGGGCUCUGGCAGAAAGACUGAAAUUGGAAGAGAGAAGGAAAGAGCUGCUACAGAAACUUGAAGAAACUACUAAAUUAACUACUUAUUUGCAUUCACAACUUAAAAGCCUCUCCGCCAGCACGCUGUCCAUGUCGUCUGGGAGCAGCCUGGGCUCCCUGGCAUCCAGCCGGGGCUCUCUCAACACCUCCAGCAGAGGCUCACUCAACUCCCUCAGUUCCAGUGAGCUCUACUACAGCAGUCCGGGGGACCAGCUGGACGUGGACUAUCAGUAUAAACUGGACUUCCUUCUGCAGGAGAAGGGCGGUUACAUUCCCUCCGGACCCAUCACCACCAUCCACGAAAAUGAGGUGGUCAAGUGCCCCAGUCAGCCCGGCCAGAGUGGACUGUGCGGAGCCACAGCCGCAGCAAAUGGCCACACUCCUCCGCUGACGGAGGCCCCCAAGUCUGUGACAUCCCUGUCCUCGAGGUCCUCCCUGUCAUCCUUGUCCCCCCCAGGCUCUCCUUUGGUCUUGGACAGCACGUUUCCCACAUCCUCCCACGAUGCCUCUCUUCAUCAGUUCACGGCUGACUUUGAAGACUGCGAAUUGAGUAGCCAUUUUGCAGACAUCGGCCUUGGCGAGAGUCAGCUCUUGUCGGAUUCAGACUCUGGAGGAGCAUCCCAGGCUCUGUUGGAAGAUAAAGGCCUUACUGAAUGUGCUAGGGAGCCAUUGUAUGAAGGAACGGCCGGUAAGGAUGUGGAAAAAUCAUUACCAAAAAGAAGAAUUCACUUACCCGGGGAGAAACCUGCUUGUGUGUCAGCUGCCGUAUCAGAUGAGUCUGUGGCUGGAGACAGCGGCGUCUAUGAAGCCUCCAUGAAGCAGCCUAGUGAAAUUGAAGAUGUUUCCUACAGUGAAGAGGAUGUUGCCAUUGUGGAGACUGCCCAGGUGCAGAUAGGACUCAGAUAUGAUGCAAAAAGCUCAAGUUUCAUGGUGAUUAUAGCACAACUCCGAAAUCUUCAUGCCUUCUUGAUACCUCAUACUUCAAAAGUGUAUUGUAGAGUUGCUGUCCUUCCCUCCUCAGCGGAUGUCAGCUGUCUGUUUCGAACAAAAGUCCAUGCACCCACAGAAUCUGUGUUGUUGAAUGAUGUGUUCAGAGUGGCCAUUUCCCAAACAGCCUUGCAGCAGAAGACGCUGCGAGUUGAUCUUUGCUCUGUCAGUAAACAUCGCAGGGAAGAAUGCCUGGCUGGAACGCAGAUUAGCCUGGCUGACUUGCCAUUUUCCAAUGAGAUUUUCACACUGUGGUAUAAUUUGCUUCCUUCCAAGCAAAUGCCUUGCAGAAAGAAUGGAGAAGAAAAUGAAGACUCUGUAUUCCGAUCAAACCAGCCAGUGGUAGAUUCCAUAGACUUGGAUGCAGUGUCAGCCUUACUUGCAAGAACAUCAGCUGAGCUGUUGGCUGUGGAACAAGAAUUAGCACAAGAAGAAGAGGAGGAAACAGGGCCAGCAGAAGAGCAGCAGGAUCUAGAAGGAGACUGGUUAACAAUGCUAAGAGAGGCUUCUGAUAAAAUUGUGGCUGAAAGAGAGACUGUACUUAAGCCAGUAAAAGGCAGUAGCUGUACAGAAGACUUAAGUUCCAGCAGUAACGUGCCUGAGAUGAGUGAAGACAGCUGUGAGAAGGAGAAGGCGUGUGCCAAGGACUGUAGAAGCCAGCCAGCGGCUGGCAUUCCCACUCUGGUUGAUAAAGAGACAAAUACCGAUGAAGCAGUUCAUGAAAGUGUGGCAGUUCGUCCCAAAGAGCGGAGCAGCCUGAGCUCUCGACAGCAUCCCUUCGUAAGGAGCAGCGUGAUCGUGCGCUCACAAACCUUUUCCCCCGGUGAACGGAGCCAGUACGUCUGCAGGUUAAACCGGAGUGACAGUGACAGUUCCACAUUGGCAAAAAAAUCACUGUUUGUGAGAAACUCCACUGAGCGACGUAGCCUGAGGGUCAAAAGGACUGUUUGCCAGCCAGUCCUCAGAAGGACAGCCCAAGAAUGUCCUGUACGCACAUCUCUAGACCUAGAACUGGACCUUCAGGCCUCUCUUACCCGCCAGAGUCGCCUCAACGAUGAGCUGCAGGCCCUGAGGGACUUGCGGCAAAAGCUGGAGGAGCUGAAAGCACAGGGAGAGACUGACCUCCCUCCGGGUGUGCUGGAGGAUGAGCGCUUCCAGAAGCUCCUGAAACAAGCAGAGAAGCAGGCUGAACAGUCGAAAGAAGAGCAGAAGCAAGACUUGAACGCAGAGAAAUUGAUGCGGCAGGUCUCCAAGGACGUGUGUCGGCUUCGGGAGCAGAGCCGGAAGGUGCCUCGGCAGGUGCAGUCCUUCAGGGAGAAGAUCGCCUACUUCACCCGGGCGAAGAUCAGCAUCCCCUCCCUGCCAGCCGACGACGUGUGACCCGCGUGGCCUCACCUGCUGUCGGUCCUCAGGAGGACAGAAACACGGACUUGACUGAGAUCUCCUCUUUCCUUUUUUGUAAUGUAACUGUCAGCUCUUGAAGAACUUGCAUUUCACACCAGAUUUUCAACAUGCUCAUGUGUAAAGUACUUUGACUGUAACUCUUACAUGUUUAAGGAAAAAAAAAAAUCAGCUAACAAAAGUGGGCGCAUCUGGUGCAGAUGUAGAGGAUGAGUGUCGCCAGGGGCUGUGCGCUGAGCCGGUGGCCGAGUCUUGGUCCUGCCGGAGCUGCUUCUCUUCCCCUGCUGGGAGCAGGCGGGGGCGAGCAGCAUCCGGAGUCACAGCCCAUUGGGUGGACUGGAGCACCGGCCAGGGCCCUCGGGCCCUCCCCAAACAGGUGUCCAUUCACGGCCAUCCCUGUGUUACAACACUUGAUUUCUUUUUUGUCCUUGCAUAAUUGUCCAAAAAAUAAUACCAAAAAUAUGAAUUAGUGGGUGCAGAAGAAAAGGAAGCCUUUGUUUCCUGUAUCCCUGUGCACGCAGAAGGUGGUGUGGGUCAUGACACUGGGAGGGAGGCAGGCAGAAGGAGGGCGCCCAGGACCCAGAACCCGGCCAGUGCGCAGCUCCUGCCCCCAGCCCACAUUUGAAUUCGCAGGCACCAGGGCUUUGUCCUAGGGUGAGGGUGGUGCCCAGGACAAGUAUGUGGUGGCCCUGGGCCCUAAGGACACACAGUGCUGGGGUGCGCGGGGAACCCCCACGGUUGUCAGAAGAAGCCAAGCACAGCGGAGAGGGCAUGUCUGGAUUGGAUCCAAGUUGCCAAACAUAAAAAAAAGAAAAAAGAAAAAGAAAAACACGUCUUAUCAAACUUUCUUACACUUACUAGGAAUUACUUUGCAGCUCUCUUGUUUCAGGGAUCCUCUCUAUCAUGUAAGGCUAGUCGUUGGGAGACAAAGGAAAGAAUGUGCCUGGGAGAAUUAUGAAUUGGGAGUGUAGGUUAAAUCAUUUGUUUGAAGGUAUCUAGCCUGGACACUGUGGUUCACACCUGUAAUCCUAACUACUCAGGAGGCUAAAAUCCGAGGAUCACAGUUUGAAUCCAGCCCCCAUAGGGAGACCCAUGAACCGCUUAUCUCUAGCCACCAGAAGUGGAGGUGUGGCUCAAGUGGCAAGAUACCAGCCUUGAGCAGAAAAAGCUAAGGGACAUUGUCCAGGCCCUGAGUUCAAACCUCAGUACUGGUUCGUGUGUGUGCAUACACACACACGCACAUACACACACACACACUGUAUUCUAGGUGAACAAAUUUAAAGACAUAAACUGACUAAAACAGCCUGAUCUCCAGGCUGAAGUUUUAGCUAACUCAACCUAGGCACUUCUGUAGAGAAGCAAGUUCUUACUACAGCCUUGCUAGCGCAAAGGCUUGGAAACAUAGUUGGCAGUCAUUUAAAGCAUACCUUCUCCUCAGUCUCUUUUUACUGAAACAAUUUUUUAUUAGAGAUCCUAUAUAGCAGACUUAAUCUUGUCUUUUUAGAAAUGCAAAUCAUCUUCAAGGGAAGAACCCUUGAAAAAGUUCUUCCUCUGCUCAAACUCUGACGAGCAAGAGUUUUUAUGUUAUCGGAAUCAAACAUUCAUAUUAAGCAGUUUCUGAGCCUAAAACCUUAAUUCUCUUUUCUAAAUGUUCCACAAAUUAUAUACAACUUUUAUUCUAAAAGAUAUAAAUGGAGUUGACACUACUUUGAACCAGAAGCAGCCCUGAGGCUGCGUGGUUCUGUGUGAUGACGGUAACUAGCAGAGCACAUUCAUCCUGCGGAGGAGAAGUGAACAAGUUAUUUCAUGUAGAGUGAAAUGAAUGAAGGUCAGCUGUUUUCAGCUUCUUACAUUUGACCAUGGAAAUGUUUAUAGAAUUUUGUGUAGUUGUACCGUACGAUUUUAUUUUCUUCAUUUAUUUAUUUACGGUCUUAUUUAUGUUCUGUUUAAUAUAUAGUUUGGUUCUGACCAUUUUAAAUGUUGGACAUAGAAGAGGCUAUAUUGGCGUAUUUACAGCUUUAUAAGUCGUCAUCAGAUUAACUGUUAACUUUUUGGAAUACAAAAGGUUUCAGACAAGUAUUAAAGAAUAAAAAUCUGUUUCAGGCUGGUAGUUAACAGUGGUGACCAAGAGGCUUUUGGUUUUAUUUUACACAACUUGCUCAGUUCACAUGAGAGGCAAACUGAUUUUAGUAUGAUCCUUUUCCCUCACUUUGAAAAUCAGCAAUUGUAUAAUGUGUUUAUAGGCAGCUUUUAAUAAUCCUGUCAUAUUUGUACUAACCCAAAUGAUUCACAGUGAACAAAACAUUUUACUAACUUCAUCACAAAUCCAUAAGGAAAAAUAAGUACUUAGUAUUAUAAAUACUAUUUUUAAAAGGUAGAAUUUAUUCCACACAGGGUAAAAAAGAAUUUAAUGCUUAGUUCUCAAGUUUUAAUUAUCAGUAUGUUAUUAGAAUUUUUGUAUAUCAGAAUCUUAAGUGUUGCAGGUACAAAACAAUGACUAUUACUAGCCAAAUGAACAAAGUUUCGCUGAAUCUCUGUAGCAUACAAAUCAAAUAAAUUUAAAUUCUUUUUUUGCUAUGGGUUUAUCUAUACUGUACUAAAUAUCAAAAGCUCAGGACUAAACUAAAUAUUUAAUCAGGUUAAAUUCUGUGUAUGUUUCUGUUUUAAUUUGUCUUUGUCAAAGUAUGCAAAAACAUCACAUAGAUUAACUGGUUUCUGCACUUUCCAUGUAUUUGUAGAUGGAAAUUGUUCAGUUUUUUUUUAAAACAAAGAUACACAUUGCCCAAUA